UGGUGACCAAUCUUGGCUGCGACCGUAACCGGUUCGCCAAUCGCUGCCGCCACCUACGAUCAGCCGGCCAGCCCAGACGGCACACGGAUCAAGGCACAUCGAAGGAGGCCUCGCCGCUGUGCUCUUCUGCUGUAGGCCUCGCCCUGCUUUUCAUUCCGUAGAGGCUCUGGAGAAAAUCCUGCUAGGUGUCAUCUUCCUCCUCCUUCUUCGCCUGCCUACGCGUCCAUCAUUCGCCAACCUAUGACGUUGAAACUCCCAUUCUCCGCGACCACCUUCCACCUCCCCCCCUUGAUGCAUGCCGCCCUUCCGUUCGGACCCUCCCCACCGACAGGGACGGGCGUCAGGUGUCGGAGGAUUUAUAGAUUUUGUCUAUCCGGGUGUCGUCUGGUUGAUUUCUGAGUCUUGUCUGAGUUGAAGAGUUUUGGGGUUAUGGGACGAAGGGCGGAUAGAGCCGGGUAGCGCGCUCACUUGGGCCGGAUGGCUUGGGUUCUGGAGCUCGUCUGCUACGCGAUGGUCUUGGCGGCGAAGCCGUUCUGUCUGAUGAUGCUUGGCUGCCGGCUUUGUAUCGGCAUGGCUGCCAUUUUCGUCCGAGAAUUGCUGAAUCUCGUUAAGGUCGCGUGGAAUGGGUGCCGUGGUCUCCUUUGGGGGCUUGUGGAUUGCUUCAUCUCUGUUAUCAUGCUUCCUGCUCGGGUGCUUACUGCGUUACGUAGGGAGAAAAAGCUGGAGACGCAUGUUCAAGACUUGCAAAGACAGUUAGACUGCCUAUUGUGGCAAAAGAAAGAACUUGAAAAAACGCUGGAAAGCACUAUUGAUGAUAAGGAAGUUCUGGAGGCAAUGCUGGGAGAAGUUGAAGAAGAUCAUGAUAAAUCUAUUGCUAAAAUUGGCAUGUUGGAGAAACAGCUGAGAAAUCUUCAAGAAGAAAAUCGGCGAUUAAGUAACAUUCAGACAAAGCUGUCGGAAAUCAAAGCAUGGGAAGACUCUGGCGUUGUAGAUAUUGGUAUCCCAUGGAAUUCUGGAUUUUCAGGCGCAGGAGCGAUGUUUAAAGGAUUGACUGCACAAGGCCAUGAAAAUAUCAGCAAAGCUCGGCAUGCUAUGUUCGCAAGAAAUGGUUCAAAACCAGAACAGGCAUAUGCCACCACAACCAUCUCAGAGAAGGUGAGGACUGUUCCAUCCUUAGAUCGGCGCCGUGAUGCUGCACUUUCACAGAGCCUUUUCAGUGCCUUCCUGUCGAUUUUAGUGGGGGUCAUUGUGUUGGAGGCUGAAGAUCCUUGCAAGCCAUUGGUGAUUGCUCUCUUCUUUGUCGUGGUCAUGUCGAUGAGAACUGUGGUUCAGUUCUUCUCUACAAUAGACAACAGGCCUGCAUCUGAGGCUGUUGCUCUGCUGAGCUUCAAUUGGUUUAUUCUUGGUACACUCGCUUAUCCCACUUUGCCGAGUUUAGCACGCCUGCUUUCGCCCUUAGCUGUCUCCCUGCUCAAUAAGUUAGCAAGUUGGUCUGGGUUCAGCAGCAUUGAACGAGUAAACACCUGAUCACCCAGUCCAUUUCGUGUACAUAUAUAUCCGUUUUUGCUGUUGUUGGCCUCCUUUAAUUGUAAUUUUGUAAGUGGUGUAUUUCUUGUGAUCAACUUUUGAAUGAGUCAAAUAGAAUAAAUCCCCACAAAGUUUGUUUUGA